ACUUUGGCCCUUCAUCGUCAUGGACGUGUGCUGAGUGCUGACUCUCUUGCGACACUGGCCGCACUUCCAUAUCUAGAAAGUGACAUCGAGCUGUCUGUUGUUGUCCCCACUAGCCAGGGCUGGGUGCAGAGAAAUCCUCAGAGGUUUAUUAAUUUGGAUGCUAACCUUACUAGGGACCAUUAUAGCCUCACCUUCAAGCUCCAGCUGGGACUUCCCAGACCUCUACUGGCCACACCAUGAAAGCAUAAUGGCACUUGCUAUAUAUAGUGUCCUAAGUGCCCUGUGGGGCUUCCGCUGGGCUCCCACAGCCACCUCCGCCCGCCUCUCCUGCCCCGACCAGGAUUCUCUGGCUCUAGUCCACCAGCGGGCUGACAUUCCAACCACGAACAGAAGGAGCUCGUCCCCGUGCCAGGCGCUGUCUUAAUGCCUCGCACACAGCACCCUCUUUAAGCCUCCCAGUGCUCCCUGGAGGUGAUAGUACCAUUGUCCCCAUACUACACAGAUGGGGAACCUGAGGCUCUGAGAAGUGGCAGAAACACUUGUUCAAGGUCACGGAGUCAGGAGAACUGGAGGCACUCACGCCCCAAACACCGGACCCUGGGCGUGGGGUCCAGGAACCUUCCAUUUGGCACCCAGGAGGCUGGAGGUUUCUAGGCCUCGGUUUACCCAUCUGUGAUAUGGGAGAUCCAGUCCAGGUGGCCUCCAGAGCCCCAGAUACUCCUUAGGUAAAGUUACAGGAGCGAGUGGUGACCAGCAAGGUCUGGAGAACUUCCUACCCAAACCUUGAGGGUCCCCUAUUUUGUACCAUUGCAUUCUUAAAGGGCCAGCACCCUCUCUCUCAGCUGAGUGCACAUUUCAUGAAGCCCUGCUCCUGUGGAAGUAAUUUCCAGGAUGGGGCAGGGGCCCCUCUGCUCUCCUGCGGCCCUCAGUGCUUCCCCGAUCCCAGCCCCGGUCAGACUUUAGGAUUCUGACCUUAACCCUGAUAAGAAGCUCUUGCCUGAUGUGGGCCCCACACAUUAGAGGACAUUCCACUAGGGACUCGUCCCAUGGAGCAAAGAGCACAGAGCAAACAAAUGUGCUUUCUAAAUCUUGAUCUUCCUCUACUGGACCCUACUUAGGGGGCCCAGGGUCAGCUGUGAGCAGAGGGGUGUGGAAGAGCUUGGGUACGAGAUAAAGUGUCCCUAGAGCACGCACCCGGCUCCCUGCUUCUGGAGAGAUGGGGGUUGGGAAAGAGGGGGGCUGGUUGAAGGCUGAGAUCUCCUGUGUCCCACAUUCUAGUACAAAGCUCUGGAACUCCUGGGCUUAACGUGAUUAUCCUGCCUCAGCCUCCCAAGUAGCCAGGACAACAGGCACGUGCCACUGCCACUUGGUCGGGCUGACUUCAUUAAUUAUUUUUGUUUGUUUUUUUGAGACAGGGUCUCCCUGUGUUGCCUUCGCCUGAGUCUCCCAAGUAGCUGAGAUAACAGGUUGCUCACCACCCCAAGUGGCUAAAUUAUUUUUUAGUCAUGGUAAAUCAUACAUGACAACACUUACCAUUAGGGGCCUUUAGCACAUUCAUGAUGGUAUGCAACCAUUGCUUCUACCUGAUUCCAGAACCUUCUCAUCAUCCCAAAAGGAAACCUCAUCUCCCCUCCCUCCAGCCUUGACAACCACCCAUUGGCUUUAUCUCUAUGGAUUGGUCUGUUCUGGACAUUUUGUGUGAAUGGAGUUGUACACUCUGUGGCUUUUUUUUUUUUUUUUUUGGUGGGGGUAACCAGGGAUUGAACUCAGGGGCACUCGCCCACUGAGCCACAUUCCCAGCCCUAUUUUGUAUUUUAUUUAGAGACAGGGUCUCACUGAGUUAGCACCUCACUUUUGUUGAGGCUGGCUUCAAACUCGAAAUCCUCCUGCCUCAGCCUCCCAAGCUGCUGGGCUGACAGGCAUGCGCCACAGUGCCCGGCUAAAUACUGAUUUUUUAAACAACUCAUGUACCAGACGGCAUUCCAGGUGUGGAAGAGUUGGGUAUGGAGGUGAGUAGAACAAACAGAAAAUUCUGUAAUGCUGCUCACUUCCUGGUGUGGGGAGGGAGACAGAAAACUCACAGAUAUACAAAGAAAUAAAGAUGAUGGGUGACACCUGUAGUUGAGGGGGAGGAGGAGGUGUUCUGUUGUUGUUUUGUUUGGUCUUGGUUUUCCUGGUGCUGGGGAUGAACUCAAAGGCCUUAUGCUGAGUUACAGCCCGGCCUCAAGGGUGGGUUCUUGAGAAAAAAUGGGGAUGGGGUUAAAAAGGGGCUGCUGUUGCAGGUUGGGCAAUCGGGGACCCCUUCUCUGAAGAGGUGACAUUUGAGCUGAAUAGCAGGAGUCAGUCAUGGGAUGAAUCAUUCCCUGCGGAGGGAAAGAAUGCCCAGACUCUACGGUGGGAAUUCCAAUGGAGAGGUUGGAGGGAAGCAUGAGGGCUGGGAUGACGUGACCCAAGGGACGGCACAAGAUGAGAUCUGAGAAGAGGACAGGGCUUUCUGGCCCACCGUAGGGAAAUUGGGUUUUUAUUCUGUUUGGCGGGAGCAUUUGGAGGGAGAGGUGACGGCUGGGACAAGGGUGAGAGAAGUGGAUGAAUUCAGAAUAUAUCUGGAGGCAGAGCCACAGGGGUUCGCUGAGAUUGGAGGGGAAAGAGAGAAAUCGGGGCUGCCUCCUAGAGUGUGGCAUGAACAGGUGCAGUUGUGACUCUUGGUGGGGCAGAGCAGGGUGGGGGGAUCUAGAAUUCAGUCUUGGAAGUGUUUGGGGAAAUCCAUCAGACUGACGCUGUUGGACGUGAGUCCAAAGCCCAGGGGAAACCCAGGGCUGGGCACAUAAAUUUGGGAGCCACCAGCACAGAGAUGGUGCUUAAAGCAUGAGACUGGAAUUUUUCAGGGUCUGUGUCGUAGCAGGAAGAGAUCAUGUAUUCAAAAACAGUAACCGAUGAGAACUUAAUGAAGCAACUGUUUACAAAGGUCACCCGUGGAGGCCCAGUAGAUUGUGUACCCUCUUGACCCCCAAGGAGAGCCAUGUAGAGCUGCUACUGGGAUGUCCCCAAAGAGGCUUGGAGGGAGAGGACAUGGAAUUAAAAUCCUGGGCUUGCUCUUCUUUCGCCCUUCUGCUGAAGCCAGAGGGAAAGAAACUUGUCGGCACAUGUGGAUCUGAAGCCUGAGAAGGGUUGCCUGUCAGGCAGGAGGAAGCAGGAGAGGCUGGUGACCCUUAGGAUGAAGGACGGCGGGGGACAGAGCCAGCAACCAGGUCUUCAACAGAGGUCAUAGGGCUGCAGGCCCAGAGCCGCUUAGCAUGGCCAGAGGAGGGGUCAUGAGGUGACAGGCGAAGAGGGCACCAUGGAGACAAUUUCUUUUGGAAACAGAUUUUUUCCUUUUCUUUUUCAUAUUUCCUUUUUAGUUUUAGGUGGACACAAUAUCUUUAUUGGACAUUGAUGUGGUGCUGAGGAUGGAACCCAGUGCCUCGUGCAUGCUAGGCGAGGGCUCUCUACCACUGAGCCACAACCCCAGCCCCUGGAAACAUAAAGCUUGAACCUUCAACAAUCUCCCAACUGAGUUAGGCACAGUCGUCCCGUCCCCAUUUUACAGAUAGGAAAACUGAGCAUUGGAGAAGGUUCACACCUUGCUCAGGUUAUGGGAGGGAGAGAAGCCAGGUUGGCUGACUCUAAUUAGGCCAGCAGGGUCAGACGGUCAGAGGGAGGAGGUUGGGAUCAAGGAGAGGGAAGAGGAAAAGGGUGGAAAAGAGGAAGCGUAGGCAGGAAGGGGUGAUAAAAUAGUUGGAUUAUUGGGGGUUUCUGAGGCCAGAAAGCCCCCCCCCCGUUUUCUUUAGGUAAGUGUCUUUCUUCUGGAUCAUCCUGGAAUAGUGUGUUGCGGGUGGGGUGGGGGAUAGGGUUCUGUUGAAAGCCUUCUUCGAUCAGCGGGAAGAAUGGAAAAUGUCCCUGCAGGUGGGUGGCACACGCGCGGAGUCUGUGAUCCUGCCCUAGAAUGACAGAAUUUGCUCCAAAGGGAGCUGCUCCCUGGCGCUAGACUGAACGCCGCCAGAGCCCAAGGUGACCGUCUUUCAACCGCCACAGCUCGCGGCUCCCUGGGCGCGCUCUCCUUAUUUUCUGAGUGUAGGAGUGCUCUUGGCGCCUACGCCGCGCGGACUCUCCAGGGCGGGAAAGGGAAGCCGCUGCUGGGCUUGGUGAGGGCAGCAGCGCACCAUUCCGAACCUUGCUGAGGCCAGGAGCUGGGAGGGAGCCGGCGGACCCCGCGCGCCUUUAGGCGGAUCCUGGCGCCCCCUCGGGCCAGAGCUGCGCGCCGCAAGGGUGGAAAGUAAGGGGCUGGCCCAGAGGCCAGGGGCGUCUCUGGCCGCCGGCAGACACCUUCUGGACAAGGAUGACCAUCAGGGGGACACCCCCACAAGAAGACUCCUGUUUUAGAGGCCUAACCCGGCUUUCUGCCAGGGACAUUGAACGAAAAAGGUGCCAACGUGCGGGCAGCGAGAGAACCCGGCCCACAGAGCGACUCCCCUGGGUAACGGCGGGGUCCAGGUAACGCUUUUUAGAGGAGUUCUGUGCCCUAAGCUGACCCCAGAGGACCAGGGCAAGAAAUCCAGUUCUCCGGCAAGGCGCCCCCGCCCCGAGGGCGGGGCCGGGGCGGAGCUGGAGUCCUUCAGGCAGGUGCCGGGGGCGGUGCCCAGCCCUGCCCCCAGGGGCCGUUCUCGGAGGCCAGAGGCGGGUCCGCAAAGCUGCGGGCGCGGGCGACGCCUUAGAACCACGGGCGGAGACUGCGGCCACAGGUGCCUCAUAGGGCACGGUAUCCUGGCUCUGGGCAUCAAAACCCAGAGUCUGGGAACUUAGGCUCCCAAGCUGCACCUAACCCUGGACACCGAGGUCCCCGGGAGGGAGAGCAGAGCCCUGGGGUCGUCUGAAGAGCAAAGCCACGAGCCCCCCGGGCCAGACAGCGAAGCCCCGGAGCCUGCUGAAGAGCAGGACACUGAGGUCUUCAGGCUGGGCGGCGAGGAUCUUCUUCCCUCAUCAGCGCAGGACGUUGGGGCUCCAGAGCAAGAGAGCGAAGUUCUGCAACCAUCAGCCGAGCGGGUCGCAGAGCGCCCCGGGCGGUCCGCAGCUGCAGGCUCUGUGAGUCCAGGGCCAGGUAGCGCCGACCCUGGGCUGCCUGCAGUGCAGAGCGCGGAGGUCGCAGGGCAGUAUUCAGCUCCUGGCCCUGAGACCUCCUCCUCCUCCGGGUCAGGCCCGGAAGUCCCCCAGUUGCGAUUUCCACUGAGUCCUGAGGCACCCCAACGGCUCGCCGCGGAGCUGCUCAUGGAGACGCCAAUCGAGCGCGAAAUCCGCCGCAGCUGCGAACGCGAGGAGAGCCUGCGACGGAGCCGGGGCCUGAGCUCCAGCCGCGCAGGCCAGGAACUGGUCGAGCUGCGCGUGCGGCCGGUGCUCAGUCGGCCAGGUCCCGGCCCCGCGCUCCCGCGCGCCUUGGGGCGCGCGCGGGCGGGCGCAAAGAUGCAACGAGACAUCGAGCGGGAGGCUCACCGGCAGGCGGCGCUGGCUCGCCCCGCGGCCCCCGAGCCGAGCGCCCGUUCGCCCUCGCAGCCGCUGGGAGAGCUCAAGCGCUUCUUUGAGGCCGCCGCGGAGAACAGCUCCUCGGCGGCCGCGGAGGGCAGCGCGGGCUCACAGCGGCUGCCGGAGCCUGGAGGCCCGCAGCGCUCGGCCGUGCAGGGCCGGUGCCCAGUGCUGGCCCGCGCCCCGCUGCCGAUCGCACCGUCACUGCUGGAGCAAGAGGUGCGCGAAGUGCGCGAGCGCGAGCGGGAGUGGCAGCGCCAGAGGCGCAGCGUCUACGGUACCACUGAGUUCAAGGAACCCGCGCCGAGCCUCACGGCGAGCAGGGGCGAUGGAAAGUUGGCAGUGAUCUGGCCCCCCCGCAGGAAGGCUUCGGAGAACGGCCUGGAGCAGGAGGAGCGCAAACCUUGAAGUUUGAAUAGGCUGGGACCCCUGGCUUGAAGUAACAUACUGGUGGGAGGACCGGGUUAGCGACGCCCAGCAGGACUUCCCUGCCCACCCUCCCGACCCGCCCCCCCUUCAGCAGAAGGCCUUAAGAGGGGUCAGCCCUCUGUACUGGUGAACCUGAAAUCAACCACCCAUUCUGUUUUCAGAAUUUGUGAAACUGACCAGUCCCUUCUGUAAAAUGGUUUAGUCUCCACUAGGAAACUGACCACCAUCCACAAACAGUGACUGUUCAACCCCUCUUAGUCUAACUGAACUAACCUUCUAACCUUUCGAUUGUUAGACGGCCGGGGUCACCUUCCCCCCCCCUCCCCCCCGCAAUAAAGCCCCGUUUUUCCUGG